AUGGAUGGUGCAGAGCAUGUUGCUUGCUCAGUUGGAACGGGGCCAGUUGAUGCAGCAUAUGAGGCAGUUGAUCUUAUUGUGAAGGUUCCUGUAACGCUUCUUGAGUAUUCCAUGAAUGCAUUGACUGAAGGCAUUGAUGCUAUAGCCACCACUAGAGUUCUAAUUCGCGGGCAGGAGAGCUACACAUCAACGCAUGCUUUGACAGGAGAAACUGUCGACCGUGCUUUCAGUUUGGCAACAAUGGAUAUUGUCGUAUCCAGUGUUCGUGCCUAUGUUGGUGCACUUAACAAGAUGCUUGGUUUCAAGAACCGGUUUGAAAACGGAGGAUCGUCUGGUAAACUUUAG